AUGGAUUUGAAGAUAACGUUGGCUCUUGCACUCAGGCUUGAACAGGCCGAGAAACAAACAGGUAAGGCCGAUGAGCCUAAAGUCGUUUCUGGUUUGAAACAAAAGUAUGCCUCUGUAUUCAAAGGAGGUCCUGGUGAAAUUAAGGAUGUUGAGGCACGUAUUGUGCUAAAAGAGGAUGCUGUGCCAAAAUUUUGUAAAUAUCGCCCUGUUCCUUACGCGUUGCGUAAAUCAGUAGAAGAUGAGAUUGAUAGGAUGAUUGCUGAAGGUAUUGCUUAUCCCGUUACCAGCUCUCAGUGGGCUACUCCUAUUGUGGUGAUUCAGAAGAAAAGUGGGGUGCGACUCUGCGGGGACUUUAAAGUAACCCUUAAUCAAGUGAUCCAGUCGGAACACUAUCCCUUGCCUCAACCGGAGGACAUUUUUGCUACUCUAGCAGGUUGUAGCUGGUUUUCAGUUUUGGACUUGGAGGCAGCGUAUCUCCAACUUCCUGUGGCGGAGGAGUCCCAACCACUCUUGACUCUAACUACGCACAAAGGCUUAGUGCGUUUGCGACGUCUGCCGUAUGGUUUGUCUUCGGCUCCGGCUCUCUUCCAAGCGGCCAUGGACAAAAUUAUUGGUGGCCUACCUGGGUCAGUGGCUGUUGUAACUCUUUAUAACAUAAUAAAAGAUAAAUCAGAUAAAAAAGUGUAUUAUUCCAUUAACAUAGAAUAG